CCAAUACAGUUAGAACACGCGCUCUUCGUGGCUUUCGGAGUCGCGAGCGGAGUGUCAGUCGUUCGCAGGCAUCCGCCAACGCAUACACGAUGCUUCCACGUUCCCGCGUUUAUUCAACAAUGAGGCUAAACUCGAAAUCCGCGCUUUCUACGUGCUGCAUAUUCGUAUUAUUGUCCAUUUUGAGCCACGGUGUUACGAAGACUCGUGCAUCUGCGGAUAACACGAGCCAGAAAUCGAGUGGACUCAAAGUUGAUAAAUAUUUUCAACCGGAAGUAUGCGAGCUCAAAUCGAAAAAGGGCGAUCAAGUUACCAUGCACUAUACCGGAACUCUCGAUGACGGCAGUAAAUUCGACUCAAGUUACGACCGGGAUCAACCUUUCGCAUUCCAGUUGGGUGUUGGACAGGUGAUCAAGGGCUGGGAUCAGGGACUCCUCGACAUGUGCGUCGGCGAGAAGAGGAAACUGACGAUACCACCGGAGCUUGGGUACGGAGAGCGAGGGGCUGGCAACGUUAUUCCAGGAGGAGCAACUUUACACUUCGAUGUGGAGCUCCUCGAGAUCAGCGAUUCGCCACCCACGGCCAAUGUUUUCAAGGAAAUCGACACUGACAAGGACAACAUGCUGUCUCGCGAGGAGGUGAGCGAAUAUCUGAGAAAGCAAAUGGUAGAAGCUGAGGAAUCGAACGCGAGUAACAACGAAGAAGUGAAAAAGAUGCUGAAGGAUAACGACAAGUUGGUCGAGGAGAUAUUCCAGCAAGAGGACACUGACAAAAAUGGUUUCAUUUCGCACAGCGAGUUCAGUGGACCAAAACACGACGAGUUGUGAGCUGGUUACUUGGAUCACUUGGUCUUCCAGCUGCGAGUGAGGUUAAAUCCUCGUUGAAGGUGUGUCCACCCCAUUCUUUCACUCUCGGAAAAAGAACGAAAAAAAGUUAAGAAUAAAAAAAACGAAAAGAGAAGAAGAAAACAAUUUGACAACAUUUUGAGCAACUUGACCAUGGAGUUUACGAAAGUUUCGAUCCUUGAUAAUCGCUCAACGACACGGGGAAUCGUUGCUUCUCGUUUUAGUGAAAUCUGUCAAUUUUCCUUUGUUUACCGCACCGGGAAACGAACAUUUAAAGAAUAUGGACAAGUUGUGAAAGAACAAGUGCGUUUGAAGGAUGAAAUUGAAGGUAAACGAUGUUCUGUACAGUAGGGAAAAAAAAACAUCGAGGCAACUUGAAAAGCUGAAAAAGACUUUUACGCCUUUCCCACAUCGUUCCGAGUGGCAAAACUGCAUUUACCAUCAUUUCCAUACGGAAGAUAAAUCAAGUUACAUCUCCACUAUUCCACUGUGCUAUCCAACAAUUAUCAAUAACAGCCGACGCAGUUUUGAAGAGACUCUCAAGACGAAAACGACAAAUUUAGAAUCCCUUUAUAUCGCCCAUCUAGUAGUUGAUAAAAAAAGUGCCGCUUUUAACCCGAGCAAAAGUGACGUUUUUUCUUCAUUUUUGUACGAAAAUUGGAAAAUCGGUGGAUGAAUCAAUGACAGCAUCCUAUUUCUCAUAUCAGAACUCCUUCAUCUCGUUACGGUACUUAGAACAUUUGCGUUCCUUCGCUGAGCUUCGCGGCUACGAAAAGCCUCUUUUUGUUACUCUCGCAUCAAACCCUUUUUCAACUCUUCCUCAGCACACAUUUUUACAAACGACCUCGUGGCUCAAUGGGGAUUUGAGGAGCAGAUUGAGACUCCGUCGUGUUUCGGACUUUUAAAUGAUUGGAAUAAAUCUAAAUCACUUUUAACGAACUGCAGUCUUUUUUAUGUGGCAUGAUAUUAUAAGCAUUCAAAUUUUAACUGUGCCUUCAGAUCCCUUGUGUGAGGAUGGAGGAUUAAAAUUGAGCAGAACGUCAACAUUGUCUCUGACAUCAAAGAUGGAGUCUCAUGACGAUUUACACUUUUAUUUCCUUUUUUUUUUUUAAAUAAACUCAUGAAUUAAACUUGAAAAUAAAACACUCGAAAGUGAAUAAAGCAGUGAAUGAAGGACGUGCCCGUCGCUAUCAUUAUCAUCGAUAAACUGAAUACGUUUUAUUACUACAUUAUAUUGUAUGUUGUUAAAGUUGGACGAAGGUCAAUAAUAAAUCAAUGUGUUCUCGAGCACAAUUUGUUAAUAAAAAUCGAA